AUGCUUGUGACGCAGACGCUUGGCCCUCAGGUGCUGGGCUACACGCUGCUGGGAGCCGUGACGUUCAUGGCCCUGGAGGGCGGGCUGUCGUCGCCGCAGCAGCCGCCGCAGCCGUAUCCUGUUAAAGGAAUACGCAAAGACAACUACGGCAGUGAAGGGAAGCUACCCGCCUGGGAAGCCACGCGUGGCGGAGCGGCCGGGGGCGGCGCCUACGGCUACGGCUACGGCGGACACCACCACCGCUGGUCCUUCUCCUCGUCCUUCCUCUAUUCGCUCACGCUCAUCACCACCAUCGGGUACGGCAGCGUGUCUCCGCGGACUCCGUGGGGGAAGGUGGUGACGAUCGUGUACGCGCUGGUGGGCAUCCCGCUGAUGCUGGUCUACCUGUCGACGGUGGGCGACGUGCUGGCGCGCAGCUUCCGCCGGCUGUACGGCCGCCUCUGCGGGCUGGGCGGCGGGGGCGGCGCCGGCCACCACUCGAGCGCCAAGGCAAAGCUGGCCGCCGCCGCCGGCGUCGGCGUCGGCGUCGACUACCCACACAAGGCCGUCAACAGCAUCGCCGCCGACGGCAAACUGCUCUACCCGCACCACAGGCACAGCGCGGACAGCGACGACUUCUGCAAGUCGGUGGUGCUGGACUGCGGUGGCGAGGGCAUCGCGGCGGGCGCGUCGCCGCUGGAGGCGCCGCUGCCGCCCCCGCAGCCCGCCCCCGCCGCCCGCGUGCCCGUCUCGCUCUGCCUCUGCAUCGUCGUCGCGUACGUGUGCGCCGGCGCGCUGCUGUUCAACCGGCUGGAGAACUGGACCUUCCUGGAGGGCUCCUUCUUCUGCUUCACCAGCCUGGGCACCAUCGGCUUCGGCGACCUGGUGCCGGGCGGGCUCGACGGCACCGCCCACCAGCAGCUCAGCGUCAUCGCCAGCUCCGCCUACAUCCUCGUCGGCAUGGCGCUCGUCGCCAUGUGCUUCAACCUCGUACAGGACGAGGUGGUGCUGCUAGUGCGGCGCGUGGCGCGCAACUUCCGCGGCGGCGGCGGGCGAGGCGGAGGGCAUCGCCAUGGCCGUGGUGUCGCCCGCCGUGUCCUGACACCGGCCCGCCACGCCGGCGGCUGCGGCGGCGGCGGCGGGGGCGGCGGCCAGCCCCACGGCGGGAGAGCCGCCGCCUCCGCCCCACGGCCUCGUCUCGUCCGCCUCCACCCCCAAGAAGUACCCUCCGCCGCCCCCGCCUCCGCCCCCACCGGCGUUGCCACAGAACAAGCACCACAGCCUGCCGCGCCGCGCCAAGACGAUUAA